UUUGCUGGAAUGUCAAGGGAUCAAUUGAUUGCUCGUUUGGUGGAACUGGAAAAGGAAAAACAAAAUCAAUCAAUGAUAUGUGGUUGGCAGAACUGUGGACAACGUUUUGAUGGAUUACAACUUCUUAUUGCACACCUUGGUGAUUCUCAUGUUGGCAGUGGAAAAGCAACAUAUAGCUGUGAAUGGGAAAAUUGUACGAGAAAUCAGAAACCUUUCACCAAACGGCACAAAAUGUUCAAUCAUUUACGGACACAUACUGGUGAACGACCUUUUGUGUGUACUGAAGAAGGAUGUGGGAAACGGUUUUCUAGACCAGAUUCUUUGACAACACAUAUCAAAACACACUCCAACAUUCGACCCUUUUAUUGUACUGUGGAAGGUUGUGAAAAGGCAUAUUAUCAUUCUCGAUCUUUGAAGAAGCACGAGCGAACACAU